CGGCUCCGGCGCAGAACACCACCAGAGCACCAGCCAUCCGAAGUCCAAGCCGGUCGUUGACUCCUCCGCGUGCGCGUUACUCUUGUCAAAAAUACACGUCGUCGUCGUCGCGCAAAGUUUCUGCGAAUAAAAUUGAAAACUAAAAACACCCGUACCAGUGUUGGACGCGCGCGUGUGCACCGCCGCGACGACGAUCCGCCGCGGGGCUGCAAAACGGAAAACACGCGCGCGCGACCAUAUACGACAACCUCGCGUAGCGCAGUAGCAAUCGGUCGUCCACCGCGCGCGUAUACACGGGACAUGACCGCUAUAGUAGCUGUCGUCCAGCCUGAUCACUCGUAACUACUCAUCAUAAACGCAGCCUGACACUGCAGCAGCUACAGCAGCUAUCGUUACCGGUGAACAGUCAUCAGGUCGAGUCGAACGGACGCCCGCGAUCGCCGUCACCAUGACCGUCACCGCCAAAGGAGUUCCUCGUUACCACCACCGGUCGUCUUCGUUCAAGUUAUUGCAUAUAAUUUAUGUACUAUCCAUGUGCAAGUAUACGUGGGCUGAACUUUGUGGCGGAAAUGGUGAAUCACUGAAAUACUUGCGGGGUGACGCGCUUACCGAUAAUUUGGAUUGCAUCGGUCCCAAUGGUAAACCUUAUCCUGAGUCGAUAGUAGCCGGCACUUAUAGACGCACCCACAACUGGGGAUCAUCAAGGACAGGACGCGACGCUUUUAACGCAGGCUCGAAACCUAGUCCCGAAACGGUACGAGAAACACUACUAAAAACCUAUAAAAUUAAUAAUCACAAUGAAGAUUACACGAUCAGUAGAACUGCCCGAGAAUAUGGAUCAACACCAGCAGCCAAUCGUGAACUAUGUCAAACGCCAAACAGACUGUGCCGCACCAGAUACAAUACGACUGCGCCCAUGUACGGUGUGUCACUGACGUCUGGCCAACCUGUGACUAUCGUUCAAAAAUUCCCGGAUCUGUUACAACAAGUCGUUUACGAAGUUUGCGAAUCAAACGAGUGCGACAUGGUCAGAGGAGAGUGUACGCAAACUUACGUACCAUACUUGUUCCUGGUAAUACCUUUGGGACCGGUGACACUGACCGGCCAGGAUUACGUGCUAGUGGAAAGUGGAUGCGUAUGCAAACCAAAGGGCUCCAGGUCCACCGCACACGAAUUGGUGUCUACUAUUCCGGCAAUGCCUCGUCCUUAGUGUGCGUUUAUAUUUAUAUAGGAAAGCAACCGUUUAAACGUCAUCGUAUACCAACAUAUAGAAGAAAAUACACCUCGCCGUUUAUACUAUAUUUAUAUUAUCAUAUCAUAUUAUUGUCGUGUACUAUAUAGUCCAUAUUAUUGUAUAUUAUAUUCUAUACAAUAAUAAAAUAUACCGUACUGUGAAUAGGUACUAUUCAAUAAAGUCACGAGAGUUUUUCAAAAAAA